UGGGGUGAAAUGCAUUUACACAAAGCAGCCCGCGUAGCUAUAAUUCAAAUUUGGUCAAUUUUGAAGCUUUGAGUCUUGACAUUGCCCGGACUCAGAGAGCUUGCUCACUAGUCACUACUACUUUCAAAGACAACCCUCUUCAAUUCAAACAAUGGAGCCCCCAGCUCUGAAGCUCGUAAUGGUCCAAGGCCCACGCAAAGGCGAGUCCAUAGAAUACCAACCCGGAUCCAACAUCCGAAUCGGCCGCAUCGUCCGCGGCAACAACCUCCCUAUCAAAGACUCCGGCAUCUCUUCCAACCACCUCUCUAUCGAUUAUUCAUCCGGAUCCGGGUCGCCCAAAUGGAUCCUCCGCGACCUCGACUCCUCAAACGGUACUAUCCUCAACGGAACCAAGCUACAACCAAACACGCCUCACGAUCUCUCCGACGGCGAUUCUAUCAAGAUCGGCGAGUACACUUCCAUCCUUGUCAACAUCGUUUCCAGCCACGAUGAGAGCCAACUCAGACGGAACCCUAGGCGCCGAGCCGCCCAGGCACUUUCCGUGGAACAGGUUUCAGAGAUUCGCGGCCGGAGAGGUAGGGUUUUGAAAGAGGCAGAAGAAGCUGAGAAAGGCGAGGUUUUGGACACUAGGAAUCGGAGGAGAGCUCCUCCGAGAAAAGCUAAGGUUUUGAAGAGUUAUGAAGGAGAAGAAGAGGAAGUCCGGAAUGGUGUUCCUGAAAUUGUGGAACCAGCAGCAGAUAAUCGUGGCCGGAUGGGCAGGGUUUUGAAAGAGAGCGAAGAAGCUAAAUGCGAUGAGAAAAUUGAGGAUUUGGACAAUCGAAGAAGAGCUCCUCCGAGGAAAGCUAGGGUUUUGAAGAGUGAAGAAACAGAGGAAAUUGGUCUUGAAUCGGAGAAAGAGAAACCAGGGCAGAACACAGGCACGCGGCGAACUCGGAAUGUGAAGAAUGUGGUUUCGGAUUCAAUGCUAGAGAAGAUUCCGGAGAAUUCUGGAGUGGAGUGUGCAGAAGUGGAGGUUAAAGGUAAAAAGAAGCGAGGCAGGCCAACGAGGAAGAAUUUACGUGAAGAGCUGCCUGAUUGUAAUCUAGUUGAUGAGUUGGAGAAUGCAAAGGAGACGAAUUAUGAUGAAAAAGCUGUAAUUGAUGUUGAUGAAGGUGCGGCUGUGAAUGUAAUUGUUGUUGAUGAUGAUAAGGUGAAAAAUGAGGGUGAAUGUGGUGUUGAGGAAUUGGAGAAUGUGGAGGAAAUAAAUUUGGAAGAAAAAGUUGAAAUUGAUGUGGAUAAAGGCAUGGCGGCAAGUGGAGUUGUUGGUGAUGAUAAUAAGGAAGAAAGUGAGGGCGGUUGUGGUGUUGAGGAGGGGUUUGAUUUGGAGAAGGGGACGCUGGGGGAGUGGUUCAAUUAUUUGGAGCUGCAUUUGCCAAAACAGAUCAUUGACGCGACUGAGGAGAUGAUUGUAGGUAUGAGAAAGAAAGCCGAGCGAGUUCAUGAAUAUAUGUUGGAGCAGAGGAAAGCGAAGGGCAAAGUUCUGGUUGGAUAGAGGGAGAAGCGGCUCGGUUAUCUGGUCUUAGAAGUAUCCCACAUAUUGAAAGUGCUGCUAAUAGAUAUGAAAGUUCUAUAAAACAAUCCUACCAGGUCUUUCUACCAUGGACUAUGUACUCUUCUGGACCUUCUGGUUAAUAGUGGACGUCAUAUGUCGUUAGUUAACUCUGCUGAAAUAAUUUGGGCUUUGCUGUGGGGGCUUGAACACUUGAGAGGCUAGGUUUUAACUUUUAAUUGAUGGUGCGUCAAGGCAAAGGUAGUUCAAAAGUGUCCCAAAUGCUAUUUUGUGCUGCAUCUAAGGAGACACAAACACCUGAAACAAAUUUGGAGUUAGAUAUGGGAGAAAAUGGAAUUGGAAGGACCAAUUUCUCAGACAUUGUUAGAGAUGUGUCGGCUGAUAUGGUGGGAACUGCGUCUAGGAAUGGAAAAUAUGAUAACUAUGGGUCUUCAAAGAAGAUAAAAGCUGAUGGAAAUAUUUCUUCAGAUUCCUUGUGUUCUGAUACUAUUGAGAAGGACUGAAGCUUAGGAAGGUUGCAGUGAAGACUACAGAGCUGUGCAAGUGAAAGAAUAGCAGUAAUUAUGAUUACAUGAAGUUUACAGUCUAUUUUUUGGGCGUUUUGCCAAAUAAAUUAUACAAAUCCAUCCACAACGGGUGCAAAGGGCCUAAAACACGUUAAUGUAUGACAGAUUAGCUACACUACAAAAAAGGGGCUUGACGAUAUCCCCUUCGAAUUAGGAGGAACUAAUUUUUCAAGAUACGUGCUACACGAUUUUCCCCUCCCUUUCAAGUGCAAUAUCUCAGUGAUAGUCUCAUGUAUUGGACCUCCCUCAUUAAGGGCGGGUUUUAACCCCAUACGUGAAGGCAGUGUUAGAAUUAUAAUUAAAUGAAGAGAUUCAUCAUUUCCUAACAUCUUAAACUUUUUGGAUAAUGGGUAAUCUAUCAAUUAUUACUGUCACACGUGUCAGAGGGGUUAUGUGUUUGCACUUGUUUGUACAACUAUAUUUUGGAAAUCUUCUAAACAAGCAUGUAUUGC